CUGGGUCAUUUGACCCAGCAUUUUGUGUUUAUCAUUAUUAUGAUAUUAUGUUCUGGUUUAUUCUGAUUAUGUAUUUGGGUUUAGACUUUAAGUUCUCAGGGUUUUGGUUCUGUGCUUCCUCUGUCUGCCCGUGUGUUCCCUCCCUGUCUGAGGUCUUGUGUCAGGCUUGUGUCUGUGCAAACCUGUUGUUGUUUUUCCUGUUUUACUUUGAUAGUCUCUGUCCUGUGUGUAGUGUCUGGUUUUGCGCCCCCUUGUCUCGUCAGCUUUGAUUAGUCCCAGCUGUGCUCUCCUUCUGUGUCUCAUGCCCUCGUUAUCCCAGUGUGUAUUUAAGGCCUGUGUUUCUCUGUGUCAGUGUUGCAUUGUUAAUAUUUGUUCACCCUCUCCUGAUGUGUGAUCUGUCUGCCUGUGAAAGUUUAUUUUUUGUAUCUUCAGUUUUGUUGCUUAAGAGUUCAGCAUUAAAGCUGUUUUGUCUUCAUGUUUGCCUCUUUGGGUCCUGCGUUUGGGUCCUCGUCUCCUGUCUGCACACAGCGAUCCAUGACACACACAAAUCAAUUUUAAUAAACCUAAAUUGCUGCAGGGUUAUUAGAUGAAAAUAAUAUUUUGAUGACUGAGCUUACAAGUUCAUUUAUAUUUGCUAUUUCAAUUAAAUCAAUUUGAUAUUUUUCAAGUGCUUUUUUUCCCUGUCAUUCAAAAGUAAAUCUGAAAUGUCAUCCUAUUGUCUGUCUGCACUGGGCAUUGUUCUCUAUUAAAACCAAAUGCAUUAUAGGAAAAUGAUGAUAUGGGUUUUUAAAUAUUUCCCAGUUUGCAAAGGUUCAAACACAGUGAGACUCCAGCGAUCUUUUUUCUCUCUUUUGUGUGUGUUCCUUUUUCAAUAGGCUUCAUCCUUUUCAAACAGAUCUCGGUUGGCUGUGAGGUAAUAUAUCGGCAGAUGAAUAGAAAUCAGUGUCAACAUUAAUCUAUUGUCUGUAUUCAGACAAUAUUCCGACAUUAUUGUUUGUAUUCAGGACCUGAUGACACGCCUUUCCACAUAUAAGCAGCUGAGCAGAGUUAAGAACCUCAUCUGAAACCAUCUCCAGCGCUCAUCUGGAAACUUGUUUUUGGUCUUUUUAUCUGCAAUUUCUCAAUAAAACACUCAACUGUGUAAAAGCAAGAUGAAAAAUCUUCAGUGGAUCUGUGCAGCGUUGAUGGCCCUGUUUGUUACAGGUGAAUCUCUGACCUGUAACACAUGCACACCGGGUUUUGGACUUAAAUGCUGGUUCAUCUCCACUGAGACCUGCAACAACACUCAGUUCAGCUGCUACAUGGGAACAGUGGACUUUAACAUCAGUAAGUGGAUGACUUUAAACAAUCAGGGCUGCGUGUCUUCGGCUCUCUGUAACCAAACAGAAAAAGGAUCCCUGCUGGGAAUCACCUACACCAUCAAAAGGAACUGCUGCACCACAGACCAAUGUAAUGGAGCCUCAUCUGCCCACCUUCCUCUCGCUGCUGCUUUGGGCGCUGCCGUAGCAGCAGUCUGGAGCCCGUGGGCCUUCUGAAGCCAAAAACAAGCAGCAAAAAUAAAAUCUGUCUUCUUCUUUGUUUUUAAAGCAGGGUUUUUAUUUUGGGGGGGGGUGCUUUGUUUAUUUACAGAAUUUCUGUACUCUGUGUAGAAUAUCUGUUUUGCUGCACCUGUGAUGUAGCGCAGGAAAUGAAUACACAAUAGUAAAGAUGUAUUUAGUAUUAACAGUUAGCAUUUUAAAGUGGAAUCUGGUGAACAAAUAUUAAAAGAUGUUCAGUUCCAGAUUACCUCAUGAGAAAAGUACUUUCUUUUUGGCUGUGAAUGCUUGUGACACUUUAGAUUACUGGCUGGAGACUUCCUGUUGGAACAAGAAAACCUAAUAAACUACAUUCCCACGUAUCACUUUUAAGUCAAACCAUUGUUUAAAUGUCGGCAUUCUUUUCUUGAGAUUCACCUGACACACGCACACAUACCUCAGACCUAACCUAGUAAUUUUAAGACAGCUCCUUUAUUCCUGUGAAUGAUGAAUAACUUUUUGUAAGCGGUAAUUGUCCAGGGUGCCUUCAUCGCAGCAGCACAAUGCCUAACCUGUCGUCAGU